AUGUUCAAGAAAGAUAUCCCUCCGAGCACACGCUCAAAAGUCAAAUCCUCCGUGCAGCGCGGCCUCCGCCAACGCUUCGUGGAAGCAUACCCCGGCUUUGAACCAUACAUCGAUGAAAUCCUCCCCAAGAAAGCCCAGCUCGAUGCUAUAAAACUGCCCGAAAAAUGCACCCUCUACAGCAUCGAAUCAACCCCUCUCUUCUACCAACCGCAGGACGGGCCCCCGAUCCCCCACCUUAAACUCCUCCAUGCCUAUCCUACCGCCCUGCCAACGGUGCAGAUUGACCGCGGCGCGAUCCGAUUCGUGCUCUCCGGUGCGACGUUGAUGGCGCCCGGAUUGACGAGUCCCGGGGGCCGGCUACCGGAGAAGGAGAAUGCGUUGGAGGCGGGUCAGGUGGUUGCUGUUAUGGCGGAGGGGAAGGAGACAGCUUGUCUGGUUGGGACGUUGAAGGUGGGGACGGAGGAGAUGAAGGCGAAGGGAAAGGGGGUUGUGAUGGAUGAGGGGCAUUACCUUGGGGAUGGGUUGUGGAGGAUGCAUCUUGAUUAG